UUUAUAACCUAUGAUUUAUAACUAAUAAAUGUAUUGAAUAAAGAAUAAACAAAAAUUUAUAACAAAUAGGGAAAAUGUUAUAAAAAUACGCGCGUUUUUUGGUAUAUAUAAUACAUGGUGGUGCACAAUAGUACACAAAGAACCAAUAUCCGACUAUUCUUUACCAUAUCUAAAAUGCUAACCUCCAAUUUGUAACUGCUUUGAAUUGUAUACAAUGUAGUUAAGAGAAAAUUUAAAAAAAUGAUAUACAACAGAAAUGUUAACGACGUAUUAAGUCUUUUCAACAACUCGGAAGGUUUUGUAACCGUUUGUGCACCAAUGGUGCGGUAUAGCAAGAUUCAGUUUAGAAGUUUAGUAAGACAAUAUAACUGCGAUCUGUGCUUCUCCCCGAUGAUAAUGGCAGACUCUUUUUGUAAAAGUGAAAAGGCUAGACAAAAUGAGUUUUCAACAAACAGAAAUGAUUCCCCAGUGGUUGUGCAGUUUGCAGCUAAUAAUGCUGCAGAUUUUGUUGAAGCAGCAAAUUUGGUUGCACCAUAUUGUGAUGGUGUAGACUUAAACUGUGGUUGUCCACAACGAUGGGCAAAGCAAUUAGGUGUGGGAUGUGCUUUACUUGAAGAUCCUCAGAAUAUAUAUAACAUUGUCAGAGAAUGUAAGAACCAAGUUACUAAACCAUUCACUAUCAGUGUUAAAAUGAGAUUGCUAAAUGAUUUAAAAGAAACUGUAACAAUCUGCAAACAACUGGAGAUGUGUGGUGUCAGUUUUAUUACUUUACAUGGUCGAACAAAAUUGCAACAGAAAGGUGAAGCAAAUAUUAAUGCAAUUAAAACUGUAAGAGAAAGUAUCAACUGUCCAUUGAUAAGUAAUGGAGGAGUUUUAGACUUGGACGGAUGUAAAGAGAUGCAUGAAAAAACUGGUUGUAAAGGUGUUAUGGUGGGAAAUGGUAUUCUAACAAAUCCAACACUUUUUAGUGGUUCAAAUACAACUACAAUUGCAUGUGUACAAAGUUGGAUAGACAUUUGUUACAAUUCAACUUUAACAUUGGAAAAGUACAACAUCUUACGACAGUCUAAACAGAUUCAAAAUCCUGUGAUUCCUGAAAGACCACUUAACUUGACUUUUCAGUGUUUUCACCAUCAUUUAGUGUUUAUGCUAGAAAAAAUUUUGCCUCGAUUUAAAAGACGAAUUUUUAAUGGUUUGCAAACAUUUUCAACUGUGUUACACUUCUUAAAAGAAAACUUAGGAUUAACAUGCAAACUUUUUGAUGAGGAAACGUUUAUGAAUAGUUGUGUUUUAGAUAUUAAUUACUAUAAUUUCCUAAAUAAUUGUACUGAAAUAAAUUAUUAUAAUCACCAAAAUGAAGGAAAGUUUUUCAGUGAAAAGUGCACUUUCAGUGAUGUAUAUGACGAGGAAGAAAAUAUCUUAAACAUAUUUUCUGAAACAACCAAAUAAAUUUUUUUCAAUUGUU